AUGUUUCAAUCGAGGAACACUCGCGUGAACGUCGAGAGGCUGAAGAUUGAAUGCUCCAAAUACUUCGGCACGGAGGGUCUGGGUAGGUACUGGAUCCCCGAAUGCCUGAGCUAUGCACACACCUUCCUCAGCACCCUCUACAUGGCUUCCGCAUACGAUGAUGUCGUUCACAAUCGAGAAAUAGAGAGUUUGGAAACCGCGGCACUGCGCCAAGAUGUCAUACAUUUCGUAGGUGGUCACCUCACCGACGUGGAGCAGAGUGUGGCGGAUCACAAUAUCAUCGCCGUCAGCCAACUCAUACUGGGGGACGUCAUAAGCCGCGCCGAUUUAGGUCUACGCUACCACCAGAUGGGCAUUGCCAAAAUGAUCGAGCAGCGCGGUGGACUUCAAACCUUGGGUGUCAACGGCCAGCUAGCAUCUGCAGUCUCGUGGGCAAACCUCGCGACCGCGGCUUUGCAGGAAGCCUCUCCCACUCGGAUGUAUGUUGACUACUGCGAGAUGCGGGCGUUAAAGACAUAUCCUUUGAUCGCUACGAUACCGGAAUCGCCGCUAUACCAUCCACACGGCAAAUUCAUGACGAUCGAGAGGUCGGCAAACUGUAAUGCGAAUGCGCAAAAACUCCUGGAAGACGUUCGCACGAUGAUGGAGGACCUGCUUGACACCAAUAGCUCGAGGCGUGCAGGCAGCUCUAACAAAUCGCGCAGUGCCUACGACCGCAUCAUUCGAUUUCGGUCUGUACAGCCCUCCCGCAAAACAUCCAUACUGAAAACGAAAGACUGGAAGUAUGAGGCAAUUCGCCUCGCUGCGAUCGUCCAGGCUCAGGCUAUGUUCGAUCAAGUGCCCCUGUCGGAGGCGCUCGACCGUGUGCAGUUACCUGAAAUACAACCGUUUUUGUAUAGCUCAUCGAUGGCCUCACACUCUAACGGCUCUUUUUCCUCGACUCUGGACCCCCAAGAUGUCAGUCCAGCUACCGACCUUUCCGAAAGCCCCAUGUUUGGUUCAUACAGCGAAGGCUUUCCUUCCAACCACCGGUUUUCGAAUUCAUCCACCUCAUCACGACCCUUGCUUUCGUCAUUGCAGUCAAGCUCAUCGGACGUUCCCCUUCAACAAGAAGUGUUGAUGCGUGAAGUCAGCGGAGAUACCAUCCUCCAACAACUACGAGACGCCCUCGAGAACUCCAACCUUUCAGACUGUUGGUCCGAUAUGGCCGGAGUGCUACUGUGGAUUGGCUUGGUCAUGGGAGCCGCGAGCAACAACAGCAAAGACAAGAUCGUGCGAAGAUACUUCUCUGCAACAACAAUGCGGGCAUGCAUCAUGCUGUGCUUUGAGCAUCCUGAAGCAAUUCAUUCCACGAUGCUCAGAAUGACUGAUCUUAUUGCAGCCUUAGGCAGAAAGUCCAACGAGGGUCAAAUGAUAAGGAACGACAGCUUCGUGUCGAGGAAGCGAUCGAAAAAUUGA